UGCUCUCUACUCAAAAACAGCCCGGAUGUUCGGCCUGGCGUCCCGAUGGUGAAGCGUGAGAAGGAAGCCUUGAAAAAAGAGGCUCUACGGAAAGAGAAGAACGCACAGAACCGGCAGAAGAGCUACAAAGAGCAGGAGCGAGAGAGUCGGGAGGCCGCGCUGCAGAGCUCCUUAAGCAGCCAAAAUAAAGGCUUCGCGCUCCUGCAGAAGAUGGGAUAUAAAAUGGGACGUGCCUUAUGUGUGCCUCUGUGUAUUAAAAUGAUUAAACUUUAUUUGUAUUAUUAUUCUGAAGCGCCGUUGUCUGUUCUUCAGCCUUUAGACAAGCUGCAGUUUCUCACCUCGUAUCUGCGAGCAGCUCAUUUUUACUGCAUAUGGUGUGGGACGGCAUAUAAUGAUGAGGAGGAUUUGAGCUCGAACUGUCCUGGAGACACGGCAGCAGACCAUGACGACUAGAGCAACCUGGAAUAAUCCGGAACGCUUGUUUUUAAUUUGCUUUCGACGUUUGUUUUGCGUAGCUGUGUUUGAAAUUUAUCCGUUCAUUAAAUGCUGCAUUGAUGUUUUGA